AUGUCGGAUCACUUGCCGGCACCUGCAGACCAGUUGCUCUCCCCUUUCCGCCUGCUCCUCCUCCUCUGCACCUUGACGGUGGUCAUCUACUUUGACAAGGGAGCUAUCGCCUCUAAUGGAGUAAAUGGAGCCCAGUCCACUACCGAACGCCCCGGCUUCGGCAUUCAGGCAGGACUUGCAUGGGGUGACUUUGACUUGAGUAUCGUGAAGGAUGGAUUCCUUGCAACUGCUCUCGUGGCGGGCAUCACUCUUUCAGCCCCUGUCUCCGCGCAAUGGGCCAAGUCCCACAACCACCUGCGCCUCAUCGGCAUGGGGAUGGUGCUGUGGGCGGCCGGGGCAGCAGCGUGCUCCCUGGCGCCAAACUAUGCCUGCUUGCUGGCGGCCCGUGUCCUCAUGGGGGUCGGCACAGGCCCCUUCAUCGCCGUGAGCGCCCCCUUGGUCGACGACACGGCUCCCAAGGAGCGUAAGUCUCUGUGGCUGGCGGCCCUCUUCCUAUGCAUCACACUGGGCUUUGCCCUGGGGUUUGUGGUUGGGGGCGUGGCCGGCCUGAGGUUUGGAUGGCGGGCCGUGCUGGCAGGCGAGGCAAUUGGCAUGCUGCCCUUUGCCCUGUCCCUCCUCCUCGCCGCCGACGUGCCACGGAGGGCGCACAGCGCUCCCAGCAGGGCCCAGGCUGAACAGAGGGGGGCGUGGCAUGAGGCCUGGGCGGACCUCCGUGCCCUGCUUUCUUUGCCCAUCGCCUGCCUCACCAUCCUGGGGCUGUGCCUCUUUGUGGGAGCACUCGGCACGCUUUCCUUUUACGGCCCCAAGGCCGCGCGAGCCAUCCUGGAGAUCUCCCCCGAGGUGGCCGACAUUGGAUUCGGGAUCGUCACGCUCGUGGCAGGGUCGGUGGGCACUGUCGUGGGGGGCCUCCUGCUGGAUGCCAUCGGGGCCAGCCUCAGGAACGCCCUCCUCGUCUGUGCCACGGCCGUCUUCCUGGGCUCCAGCAUCGUGAUGGCCGGCUUUGCGUUUGUGUCCAACCUCCCUGCUUUCUUCAUCACCCUUACUGCCGGCAACCUCCUCCUCUUCAUCAUCGGGGCACCCUCCCUGGGCGUGCUCCUGUGGAGCUGCCCUCCCCAAAUGCGGCCCUUUGUCCUCAGUGCGAGCGAGGUGGCGCAGCACGUGCUGGGGGACGUGCCGACGCCGCCCCUCAUGGGCGCCCUGCAGCAGUGGAAGGGCGACUGGCGGCUGACCAUGGUCGCUAGCACGGGCCUGAUCUGGGUCAGCACCUUCUUGUAUGUCGCGGGGGUGUUCCUCGUUCGCAGGGCGCCCCUGCAGCCCAAAACCGUGGAAGGCCUGGAUGGCAGCGAGGGCGAGGACGAGCAGCUGGCACAAGGGCUGUUGGAGGUCGUGGACGCACGCCUCGUCGGCGUCCUCCCUGUGUAA